UUAAACUUCAGUGGGAAAACACUUUGGUCUGUAUAAUAUUAAACUAUAAGCAUAUUAAUGCUUACAAUUAUGUUAUGUUUUUGCAGAUCCGUGCACCUAUGUAACAAUGCCGUACAGAAGCAUUGUAAGAACUCCCCGAAGCGUCAUCCUAAUCUUCCUGCAGAAAACAUGUGGUAUGACUUUCAGUUCAAAGAGUAUCUGCAGAUGACAGGAGCAGAUGAUGCAUGGGAGGAGGUGAUAUUGCCUGGCAUGAAGGAAAUAAUUAUCAAUACAAUGAAGAGUGCCCAGGAUACAGUAGUGCACAGGAAAAACACAUUUCAUCUAUACGGUGCAGAUUUUAUGUUUGGUGAAAAUUUCCAGCCGUGGCUGAUAGAAAUCAAUGCCAGCCCUGCACUGUCAAAAUCAACUUCUGUAAGCAGCAAGCUCAGCGCCCAGGUUCAAGAAGACAUCCUACGUGUUGUUCUUGACCGAAAGGAAGACAGCAGGUGUGAUGUGGGCGACUUUGAACUUCUAUAUCAACAGGCACAUGGAGGAGAAAGGCAACAGUGAAGAUGGAGCACAUGGAGGAGAAAGGCAACAGUGAAGAUGGAGCACAUGGAGGAGAAAGGCAAAAGUGAAGAUGGAGCACAUGGAGGAGAAAGGCAAAAGUGAAGAUGGAGCACAUGGAGUAGAAAGGCAAAACUGAAGAUGGAGCACAUGGAGGAGAAAGGCAAAAGUGUGGAUGGAGCACAUGGAGGAGAGAUACAGCAGUGAAGAUGGAGCACAUAGAGAAGAAAGGAAACAGUGGGGCUGGUCAAUCCAGUUCAACUUUUUAUGUCUGAAUAAAACCUGCCUAACAGCUAGUUGAUCCAGAGGAAAAAACUCCCAUCUGAAGCCUCUCCAAUUUG